GGCUUAAAAAAUCCUUUGAACCCUCUAGAAUAAGAGACAAACGGUUUUAUAUCUGCCAGAAAUCGUUUUCAUUGAAAUUUCGAGCUCUUUCUCGACCCCUCCCGACUGCUCCGAAACGACUACCUGCGGUAAAUACGACACCUGCUUGUCGGGUACAGCAUUAUGUCUUACCAUUCGAUUUCUAACUUCUCUAAUACACUAAUAGAUGUCGUUAGAAACAUUUUCAAGCAUUUUGAACACAAAGUACGUUAGUACAGCGUCCUUUGAUGUUGAGAGGAGACGUAAAUUUUGCGUGGAAGUUAUUCGAAAUCACGAUUUUCUUUUGCAGUGCUAAUUUUUCACACGUUAUUUGUAGCCUUGACAUUUAUGUGAGUUACAAUGAGUGAAAAGAAAGUGUAUGCAAGCCAUAAAGGCUCAAAAAUAUCGUAUCAGACGCGGCGACGGAGCAACGUGACGAAACGACGACCGUCGAACAGAUAUGAAGCGGAGGAAGAUUCGGCCGGUGUCAGCGCUUCGGCAAAGAAAUUGAAAGUGGAUACUGACGAUAUCGAUAUACAAAGUGAAUUUGGUUACCGAAUUAUAAACUUUUUUGCCGUUUUCUCUGCCAUUUCGGAAUAUGUGAAGUGCAAAACGUGCAACUCUGAUAUACGAUUUCUCGAAUCAGGUACGCGGGGUUUAGGCUUCAAAAUAACCGUCUGUUGCCCGAAUUGUCCAAAAGUUGAAAUCCCGAGUUGUCCAUUCAUACGAAAUGGAUAUGAAAUUAACCGUAGGAUUGUACUAACAAUGCGACUAUUAGGAGUAGGGCUAGCUGGAAUAAUGAAAUUCUGCGCAUUUAUGGAAUUGCCACGGCCUAUAUUUCAAAGUUGUUACGACCGUGCAGUAAAUAUGAUUUUGAUCGCAACGAAAGCCGUGCGAGACUGUAGUAUAAAAAAGGCAGCAGAAGAUGAGAAGAAGAAAAGUGAAGAAAAUGGAUUGCAUACAGGAAUAACUGUAUCUGGUGAUGGUUCCUGGAGGAAACGAGGAUUUUCGUCUCUUUUCGGGAUCACAUCAUUGAUCGGAUGGUUUACAGGGAAAAUUGUUGACAUUGAAGUGAAAUCGAAAUACUGUAAAGCUUGCGAGCACUGGAAAAAUAAAUUAGAUACUGCUGAGUAUGAAGAAUGGCUCGAAACUCAUGCCGAUCAAUGUCAGUCGAACCAUGAAGGCUCAUCGGGUAAAAUGGAGGUAGAUGCUGUCAUCGAGAUGUUUCAACGUUCCGAAGCUUUACACGGACUUAAAUACGCAAAUUAUAUAGGUGAUGGUGACAGUAAAACUUUCAAGGGGAUAUUGGAUGCAAAACCGUAUGAAAAUUUUGAAGUGUCAAAAAAAGAAUGUAUUGAUCAUGUACAAAAACGAAUGGGCACUCGGUUGAGAAAUUUGAGAAAAAAAACAAAAAAUCUUGGAGGAAAAGGAAAAUUAACUAUGAAAUUAAUUGAUCAGUUAACAAUUUAUUAUGGCUUGGCCAUUCGACGGAAUUCAAACUCGUUGGAAAAUAUGAGAAAUGAAAUCUGGGCGACAUUAUUUCAUAAAAUGUCAACUGACGAAAAUCCACAGCACGAAAAAUGCUCAGAGUCUUGGUGCGAAUGGAAGAAGGCGCAAGCAACGGGUUCCUUAGACUCCUUUCAUCAUAAGCCGGCACUAUCGAACGAAGUUUUUGAAGCCAUCAGACCAAUCUACGAGGAUUUGAGCCGUGACGAGUUGCUGAAUCGUUGCUUGGGAGGCUAUACGCAGAACAGCAACGAAAGUUUUAAUUCUACAGUCUGGCACUUGGCUCCUAAAAAUUAUUCAAGCGGAAAGAAAAUAUUACAAAUAGCAAGUGACAUUGCUGUUUGUAAUUUUAAUGAUGGACUGAUAAACGUUUUAAGAAUAAUGAAAGUGAUGGACAUGAACAUUGGACCACAAUCCUACAACUUUUGCUUAGAGACGGACGCUGCUCGAAUACAACGCGCGGACCGCUCUUUGACGGACGCAGCGAAAGAGGCUCGCUCCAGCAUAAAAGCGUCCAGGAAAGAAAACGAGGAGGAGUUUAGCAACCUGGAAGGUCAGCUUUACGGUGCUGGAAUAGCAGAUUAAAGAUUAAUUUUUGCUGCACUUCUACUGCGUGCCGCGGAGCCCCUCCAAAAAAAACCGUUCCGCAGAAACGGCUGUUGGGCAGCCAUUUUGUAAUAUUUUUUAAUAAACAAAAUUUUUUUUUAAACUUCAAAACAUGCUUAACAACAUCCUUAAAAAGAAUUACCCUUUUACUUUUCCUUCCACUUAAAAAAAAAUCGCAAAAAAACGUUAAAUUUUCGCU